CUGGUGCGCAUCAGCAGGUGCCGUCCGUCCCUCUCCUCCUCUCCACGCCCCUCACAGCGUCGGUUCAGUUCCACGCCUCUGCAUACAGAAGAACCGGGAUUCGGGAAUAAAUAUCCUGAGAUUCAUGAGUGCAGACACAGAGGGCACACAGAGAGGCCGGGAGAGAAAGAGAAACUGUGGAUUAAGACUCAUCUUUACGCACGUUGCAGUGGAACGCGCACUUGGUUUGUGAGGAGUUUACAGCCAGACCUGCGUGAGAACAUGAAUUUAUUCCUGAAACUUCUGCUGCUUCUACCAGCUGCUUUCUGUUCUGCGGCUCACACAGAGCUCCAUCACAGACAGAAGAGAGGCACUCGUUUAUCUACUAAAGAGGUGUGUGUGGACACUGACUCAGCUGCGGCCAGAAGCAGCGGAGCGACGUGGCUGCGCUUGAAGGGUCCGAAAGUAGAAUACUGCCGUUGCACAUCACGAGGAAGAGUACAGUGUCAUGAGAUCCCUGUUAAAAAAUGUUUUGUAUCUAAGUGUUAUAACGGAGGGGUGUGUAAAGAAGCCAUUUACUCCAGUCAAUUCAUAUGCCAGUGUCCAGCAGGCUUUACCGGCACCCAGUGUGAAAUCAACACAACGGAGAAAUGUGCGCGGGGUCAAGGGUCAGCGUACCGUGGCACCUGGACUGCCAGUUUGUCAGGACUGGAGUGUGUGAACUGGAAUUCCUCCUCACUGAGGGGAAAGAAGUUCACAGCUAGUAGACCAGAAGCAAACACACUGGGGCUGGGAAAUCACAACUACUGCAGGAAUCCAGAUGGAGAUACUAAACCAUGGUGCUAUGUUUAUAAAAGAGCUCAGAUCACAUGGGAAUUCUGCUCUUUACCGAGCUGCUUAUCAGACCCCACGCUGGAGUGUGUACGCAGAUCAGGACAGACAUACAGAGGGACGAGAGCUGUGACACGCAGCGGUUUAAAGUGUUUGCCGUGGGACUCCCCCGCUGUCUCUCAUAAAGUCUUCACUGCAUGGAGAUCUGAUGCCAGAGAGGUGGGCAUCGGCAGCCACAACUUCUGCAGGAAUCCAGACGGUGACCUCAGCCCCUGGUGUCACGUGUAUAAAGAAUACAAGCUGACCUGGGAACUGUGUGAUAUCCCCAAAUGCUCAAAGAAACCUUCAAUAUCCACGCUUGGACCACGAGCCCCCACACCCCUCAACAGUCAGGGUUCCUGCGGUCAGCGUCUGGAAGGCCCUUCAAACUCUCUGCCCAUGUUCAGGAUACGAGGAGGUCAGGCCAGUGACAUCAGAGAGCAGCCGUGGCAGGUGGCUAUUAACAUAUAUCUGCCACGUGCAAACUCCUACAUCCAUCGGUGCGGCGGCGUCCUCAUCGACUCCUGCUGGAUCCUGUCGGCUGCUCACUGCUUCGAGGGGAUUUCCGAGAAGCGUCUUCAGGUGGUUAUGGGUCGAACCUUCAGACUUCAGAACUCCAGCAGUGAGCAGAUCUUUCACGUGGAGAAAUACUGGACCCAUGAGCGAUAUGAUGAUGAAACCUAUGACCAUGAUAUAGCUCUGCUCAAGUUGAAGAGCGACUCUGGUAUCUGUGCUAUAAACUCUCCCGAGGUUCUGCCCGCGUGCUUACCGGAGCCAAACCUGGUUUUACCCGACUGGACGGAGUGUGAGAUCUCUGGUUAUGGCAAAGAGGAAGAAUUUUCUCCGUUUUAUUCUGAGAGAAUUAAGCGAGGUCUCGUGCGGCUGUGGCCUCAGGAACAGUGUGUUCCAGAGAAGCUGUCUGGUCGUCUGGUCACUCCUAACAUGCUGUGUGCGGGAGACACGCGUGGCUUAGAUGACUCCUGCAAGGGAGAUUCUGGUGGUCCUCUGGUGUGUCCCAGGAACGGCAGGAUGACGUUGAUGGGUUUGGUCAGUUGGGGUGACGGUUGCGGGAAGAAAGACACGCCUGGCGUUUACACCCGCGUCACAAACUACAUGAAGUGGAUCUCCAGUAAGAUGAGAUCUAUCUGAGACACCAGCACACAUCGUGAACACAAGGAGACUGUUGAAAUGACGGUGAGAUGGAGAACAUCUCCGUGUUCACAGCCGGAUAGGUUGAUCCUAGCCGUCAAGGACCCAUCCAUUAUGAGGAAACAUCACAGAUCAUCAGAUGUUGUCGAUGUGGCACAUAUUGCACACAAGAAGAGAAAUUUGAAUGGAAGGAUCAUGUUUCAUUCUUGUAUUUUGGAUAAACUGUACAGGUCAACGCUGUGGAAAUGACUUUGGGUGCGAACUCUGAUUCAGAUGUGCACCUGCUCUGCUUUUUCUUUUAGGCCCGGUUUCACAGACAAGGCUUAAGACCAGUCCCAGACUAAAAUGAAUGUUUGACCGGUGUUUACUCAAUAUAACAUGCGAAGAAAUAUAUUAAAAUAUAGCAGUGCCAUUGUUUUGUCUCGAGAUGCACCUCAGUAAUGUCUUUUUCUAAGGCAUUUUUAUAUAAAAGACACAUACAUCUUAAUUCAACCGAGGCUUAGUCCUGCAUUAAACUAAGCCGUGCCAAUCGUCCAUUAGUGUUAGAAAAUGAUAAAAAUGGAUUUAGAAGGAACAUUUGCUUCAUGUAUAAACAUUGACGAUAUGUAAAUUCUCUGUCACAGCCCCUCUGAAUGCGUGUGUUCUCAGCUGUGUGAUAUAUUUUUUUUAUGACUCUAAUAAUGACGUUGAAUCGAUUUCAUAACAUGUUUUAACACUAAAUAUCUGCUGGGUCAGAGAGACUUUGUUAUUUUGUGUUUUGAUACAACUUAUAGGUUUAGAAAAUUUAGAUGAUUCCUACUUCUAACUGUUAUAUUUGUCAACCCAUAUCUAAUAGUAUAACAUGCUUUAGAUUUUAGGAUUAAUAUUUAGGAUUAUAAUAUUUUAAUAUUUUAAUAUUUAUAAUUAAUAUUUAACUUUUUAACAUUUUUUGUUUUUCUAUAUGUAUUGUCAGUUAUUUCUAAAUUAUUGUUUUAUAAAAGCUUGUACACUAUUUUGUCUGACUUUUUAUAAAACAUUAAGACAUUUAGCAUUCGUCCUAUGUGUUCAUUUAUGUCUGUAGAACAAAUGAUAACGUGCCGAAGUUUAGUAUUAAAAUAAAGAGUUUGCUUCAUCCUCUUUUGCCAUCUAAAGCGGGAAAUCAAAAUAAUUCACAGACUUGUGUUGAAAAUAUCCAAUGCAGCAUAAUCUUACUGAACAUCUAAAAUGAUGUGGAUCCCUGAAAUGAGACUCAUUGGGUGAGCAGGGUUUUAAAAUAUAUGUACAGUAUACAUAAACUUAACAUCACGUUGGUGAGGUUAGAAACAAAUGUACGCUUUAAAUGUCAAAACAUUUAUAGGAGUUUCUGUAUAAUCAUUCAAACAAAUGAAAUCAAACAACCUGCUGUGGAAAACUGAAGCAGAUUGUCCUGUGGGAAAUCCAGAUUAUUUUCAGACUGAAGUGAAUUCUUUACACUCUGUAGAUUUGGUAUUAACACGCAGGAAUGUGAAAGACACAACACACAUUAAAGUAUCCAUUCUCCAUGCGUGCAUGUGAUGAAGGAAUGAGAAAUAACCCUUAAACAGAUAAAAAGAAGCUUAAGAAGAUGUAUCACACACAACGUUCUAAUAAAGAUGAAUUGUAUUUAACAGA